AGUCGAGCGGAGGCCGUCGCCGCGGUCGGUUGUGUGUCGUGUAUUCGGAAAAAUAUAAAUAACAACAACGUGUUUGUUGUCGUAAACAACUUUGUUUGGAGUUGCGUUGUACAAAGAUCUAACCAUAAUGGCCGCUCGACCUCCCGCCACUCCGGCACGCACAAAGAAACAAAAUCACGCCAACAUUCCAUGUCCCAUCGAAAACUGCGCGCGAUUCACGUACGGCAAGCUCCCAGACCAUCUCACCAAGAUCCACGGGCUUACAGGCGCAGAAAGGGACACACUCAACGAACAACAGAGAAAGAGGUUCUUCAACGGAGAACUCUGCCAAGUUAGAUUCCUCAAAGAAUCCGCUAUCCGAGAUCUAUGGGGAGCUGAUUACGAAGAUCCUAGAAUCAAAGCAAAAAUACACCAAAGCUAUGCGCUUGUGAAAAUCAGAAUCAUUCCUUUAGCUGCCACUCAGAGAGCCCGUCCGCUGACAGAGCAAGAUGCCAACGUGUUGACAGCAUACAACGCCCGGACUGCACCCCGGCCCGCACGAGUCCAAAGGCAGAAGACCAGAACAAGACCAUAUCCUUCACCACCUAUAAGCCAAGAAGAAAGCAGGAAUUCCAGUGAGUCUAGCGAGGAAGAAAAUACUCGGAACCCACUGCCGCCAUCCCCUCCACCUUCGUCUCCAUCUUUACCACCAUCACCUAUCCCAUACGAGAUUCAACCUGCAGAGACUCGACUACGGGACAUAUUUGAUUCCAAAAUAGAUGCAGGUUACAAAGCCGUUAUCGAUGACAUGAAGAAGUCUAUGACUAUGGGCAGAACUUUAGGUCCUAGGAAACGAAAAGCGUAUAGAACUUACAGGCGUUACGCCAAGCGCCUGAUAGCUUAUCUUCACCGGCAGCAUUCACCUCUGGCAUACGAUGUUGAUGUUCUUUUAUGUGGGGAAAGGCAAGUGUGUGCAUUUCUUGAACGCAUCAGCUCGGAACAUAAGACGAAGACGUUGAGAAAUUACAUAGUAGCUGCCAUCAAGCUGUUGGACUCCCGUCUCUUUGCGAUUGAAACGGAUCCGUCAUGUAAGGAGAAGGUUGCCUCUAUGACACGCGUAUACGAGGUACUACACGGACGGCUGAAUGACUGUGAUAGAUUGUUAGCCCAAAAAAAUAACUCAAUCCAGAAGAAUCCCACCUUCAGUAGUGACAUUAUGGAGAGUUUUUCUGAUGCUUACGAUGAUUUGGUGUAAAAUAAUAACAAUGAAUCUUUGAGUGAUACAAACUGUAAUGUAUGUAAAUUAUUGCAAGCAAUCAAGAAUAUAGCAAAAUAAUGUGAUAGCUAUAUUCGUGAUUCUAGUCGCAUAUAUUAGACAAACCGAAUUUGGCUCAAUGUUUUGUCAUCUAAGAUUUUAAUUUAGUCCUUUUUUGUAAAUAUUGUACCGAAUGUAUAGCAUAUAACCUAGCUUUAAUACAACUUAUAGAUAUAUUGUGAAAUGAUUUUUAAGUGUCCUAUAUAACUCAAUUUCAAUGUAAGCGAUUUCCCGGUAUAGAGUUCAAAAUAUAAUUACAAAUUUUAAAUGUUUUUUUCCUUAGUAGACUUUGGACACUUGUAAUGGUAAAUCAUGUACAUAAAUAUUAUAUACGUGUUUAAAGCAAUAACUUCCAAAUGUAUUAUAGCAAAUAAUGUCGUUUGGGAACGCUCGAUAUUCGGACCGAGUCCGAACGGACCACAGGUGUAUAAUAGCUACAAUAUCCUCUCUCAUAAGAAGGCAGUCCCAAUCUUCCAUUGCCAUUAACUUCUCACUUGAUCUUGAGAACUGGUGACUGGAACCGCGGUCCCAGUAUCGUGCAGUACCAAUCGUUUUAACGACCCGUAUUUCUUUGUAUAAUAUUUAACUAUCAGAAAGUCAUACUUUCAAUCUCGUGCAAUAACUACCAAAAUAAAUGUUAGUAGAUUUAGAGAAAUAAGUAUUCGCCAAUGUCGCAUAAAGUAAGGCGUGUAUAUAGACUUUGUUAUUUAUUUAUUUAUUAAUAGAAGUCUGAGCUUACCCACCGUUUUUAUUAAAUAGAGAUAACAAUUCAUCAUAUUAAUAACAUUACAAUUCA